CUUACACCCAGACAAGAGGCAGGCUGUAGAACUGUCACAAAAACCCUGAACCCCGUAGUAAACGUAAGACUGUAAGAGAGACAUGGAUCGUAUGGCAGCAGCCGAAGAGCGAAUUGUUACGGAGAAAAUUCGACAGAAACUCCACCAAGUCAACUCAGCCGCUGAAGAACAUUUUUCUCCUGUCCAAGACCAUGUCAAGUUCACUCUUCAGCAAGCGUAUUUCAAAUGUGCAUAUGAGUGCUUUGAUAGGGAAAGAAGCUAUGAUGAGAUUAGCGAUUGUGUAGAAAAUUGCAGUGUUCCAGUUGUUAGAUCUCAACAUAUGCUUGAGGACGAGAUGGCUAACUUUCAAGAAACGAUGAAAAGGUCGCUGAUGGUCUGCCAAGACAAGUUUGAAGCAGCUAAGCUCCAAAAGAAACCAGAUGCCCUGAAUGAUUUGGAGACCUGUGUUGAUCAGUCAACCCAGGACGGCAUCAAGAUGCUGCCGCAUCUUGCUGCAAAGUUGAAGGCCUCCUUUUUUUCUCAGUGAUCGAGUGAAACGUACAAAACCUUAAUUUUGUGAUACUCAGGAAGUUGAAGUAUCACUGCUAUGUGACAGUUUUGGUGACAAAUCGAAUCAUCCUGUAGGUGUAGGAGAAUAAUUACAUAUAGGUGACUUGAAAUUCUGAAUGAUGACUGAUGAAACGAUGGUAGUUCAUGAAAACUGGCUUGUAGCUCAGACAUAUUAUUGUAUGGCUGGCGCUGUGAUUUCUAGUUCAUUGGUUUUUGUGGGCUCAAAUUAUUGUAUUCAUUGGUUGAGAAAGAAAGAGCUUUUAUUGUAUAAAGAGAAAUUUGGAAUU